GGUGCUAAGUGGCUAAAUGAAGUGACAGGGCACGCUCUUCCCUGUGCACCACUCUUUAAUUUCCCAGACAAAUAUAUGUGCUUUCGCUCCCAUCUUCAAGUUCCUCUUUCUCUCUUCAGCCAAACAGCCAAUCUUCCACUCACAUCAUCUUCUUGAUACCCUUUGACUUCGGUCGUCCAUUCUUUUACAGAAUCAUCUCUAUCUACAGCUCUUCAGCACCCUAACGAAUACCACCACCUCCCCAAAACCCCCAAAUAACCAAUAUCAAGAUGCGUUUCUCCGUUAUCGCCGCUGCCUUUAUGGCCUCAGCUGUCUAUGCCGAAUCUACCAUCUACACCACUGAGGAGAUCACCAUCACCUCGUGCGCUGCUACCGUGACCAACUGCCCAGCCCGAUCAACUGUUGUGUCGACCACCACCUACCCAGUUAUCACCUCGUCCUCCAUCUCGGUCCCAGUCUAUGCCAACACCUCCGUUGCCACCUACGCACCAUCAUCCUCCACCCCAGUUGUUGUUGCUACCAGCUCAGCCGGAGGUGUUGCCAGCAGCAGCGCUCUUCUCUCAACCGUGACCUACUCCACCUGUGUGCCAACUGUCCUCUACAGCACCAUCACUGUCACCCCAACCUCCUCGGUGGCUGCUCCAUCAUCCACUGGCACCAUCUCAUACGCUCACAACGUCACUGCCCCAGCUGCCACUGCUACUCCAACCCAAUUCACUGGCGCUGCAUCCAACGUCCAAGGCUCCAUCCUCGUGGCCGCCUUCGCCGGUCUCGCCGCUUUCAUCUUCGCAUAAGUCAUUUGCAUUUCAAGCCUGAACUCAACCGGUCUUCGAUUUCAGGCUAUGGCUUUUACGAAAAAUAAAAAUGGGAGAGCAUCAUCAUUUAUACAUUUGGACGCACAAUAGCCCUUUUGAAGUGUGGUUCCAAAGACUUACAUAGCCUGUAAUUUCUUAAUUUCUUGGGGGAGAGGCGUGGCUUGCAUUGAAAAAUGGCAUUUCUGCGGUGUACUGCAUUUCUGGGGUAGCUAUCUUAACAGCAUUCUAGAACGGUGCUUCCGAAAUUCAAUUUUCCGAAAAUUAUUCAAUUCUUGUUUUGGCCACUUUCUC